ACCCCUCACAGACCUCUCCCUAGCUCUCCUCGCUAAACGCUCUUUCCAGCGAUCAAAGAAAUGCCGGUUCCGAUAAAUUUGCCGAUGCAAUGCUCUUACAUUGUGUGCAUCUAACGCGUGGAGAAGUGGGGAAGGAGGCUAAUUCUCUGAUUUGAGUCAAACAUUGUGUCAAACGUUGUUCAUAUUUUCUUUUCCUUUUAUUUUCACAGGCAGUAACCAGAGAUGAUGUUUCGUAAAGUACAGAAGCUGUUCUUACUUUCCCUGUUUGUUUUAAUAGCAAUUAUUGUCCGUGAAUUUUUUAAACUUGAAUUCUUACGCCUCGUGAAACUAGCCGACUUUAGCCAAGAUCAGUUAACACAUGAUCAGUUACCACUUGAUCGAUUAACAGCUGAUAGAUUAUCACGUUCAUCAAGUGACCGUGAAAGUUUUUUCACUGACUGGUGCCGACUUCAGCGGUCGAGUGUGGACUGGGAAGUAUUGUCGGGAAGCUGUCAUGACAAAAUGGCUUGGACACAGCGUGAGUCCUCUUCAAAAAACAGAACAGACCCUGAUAAGAGUUUUAUCUUAAAGAAGGAAGUAAAAGCUCAAGGCGAAUUUAGUCGCUUCUUUAUCCAGUCCGUGACCAAAAGUGGCCAACUUAAGGAGACUGGGGGAGAUUCGUGGAGAGUUCACAUCAGACAAGGUCCAGCAUCCUUAACACCGAUCGUGGUCGACCAUAAUGAUGGAACAUACGAGGUUCUGUUUCUUGCACUGGAGCCUGGGAAUUACUCGGUCCAGGCUAUUCUGGAUUUCACGCUUUGCGAUGGCUUUAGAGAUCCACCGGAGGAUUGGUACAUAAAAGGUGACAUUCAAGGCCACAAACAGGAGACUGGUAUCCUGGGAGAUAUUGACCAUGAUUUUAUUGAAGCACCGCUUCAAAGUGGAAAGCCGAUCAAGUUUUAUAUCAAAGAGUGCAAUAAAACAAAAGGUUUCUUCAAGUACAUCCAGCCAUUUCUAAGUCAAUCAAGUAAAGAAAGUUUCUCCCAGUCGUCUUGUGACUUUAAUUGCUCCUUGGUGUGGAAUGGCUUUGGGCGAUGGGUCAACAGCAUUUGGAAACAAUACAUGCCUGAAGAGAUGCAAAAGGCACAAUAUGCGGAAAAACGUCUUAAGAGAAAAUUAGACGAUCUAAUGUUUUAUGGGGAUUCCACAAACGUGCAUUUCCAUUCUCUUGCAAUGAGAAGUCAGCUUUGUAAGAAAAUGUUUCAUACCUGCGGGAAGAAGUACAUGUGGACUUAUGAUGUCUCCUGGAAAGGAAGCGAUGAUAGAGAUUUCAACCAGACUAUUGUCUUUGAGGAGAUCCAAAAAGUCUUGGACAGCCUUAACAUGACAGGGAAUCAAAGCGUUUUCUUUUUUAACGUCGGUAUACAUUACUCACUAUCGCUGAACUUUUCAGCUUACCAAAUGCUGAUUGAUAGCAUUAUCGAGAUACUAAGGAGAGACACUGGUACUGAGAAUGAAGGCGCGUUGAGUAGCCGGGCACUUUCCAUUUGGCGAAGUAACGCGGCUGUAGAGGUGGAGCGUUUUAAAGACUGUUUCCCGCAAGUGAACUAUACCGAAUGGAGAUUCUUUACCAAUCAGAGGAAUCAGCUGUUCCAUACUUAUGCUACAGACGCUAUGUGUAAGGCAGGAAUCCCUGUUCUUGAUAUUUACCCGUUGACCACUGCUUGGCCUGAAGGCACCCGUGAUUCCAUGCACUACAUUGAUAAACCAUUGGAGCCUGCAAUUAGAGCUUUGGAGCGAUUUCUUACUGAAGUAUCACUGAGAUAACGGAGUUCUUCAGUGACGCCUUACAGACCGUGAGAAAGAGAGGAUCAUACUGUUACCUUCUAUAAGAGAGGAUCACUGCUUUAGUUAAGCCAUAACUCUCUUGUUAAGAUGUUUCUUUGCCUUUUGAUUAAUACAAAUAGAUUACGUUUUUAUCAACUCAAAGGGCGUUUUCCCACAGUUGCACAAUAGCUUGUGGAUCUUUCCUCGCAUUCAAGUCAUCUUAGUCCAAUAAUAAUCAUCAUCUUUUCCCUAAUGCAUUAAAGCCGUUCAUUUUCAAGCAAUAUUCUCGAAUACAAUGUUGAGGUUUGCCCAGGAACUGGCAUAGACAUUUCAUACCUGUUAGCCUUAGCUUGCUUAAAAAGUCAUCUCGAUACGACUCCUUAUUGUGUCCUUAGUAAGCGACAGGGCCUCUAUUAACAUGAUAUAGUUGUCUCCUAACCAAAAUCACGUGCAAGUAGUUUCAUCUUUAAUUUGUUAGGUGACCAUUGUUGGACUUCUGUGGAAUGUUCAGCUGUCUUCUAUAACAUAUGCUGCACAAGCCAACACAUUU